AUGGACCAAGACCAAAUUGAAUCGAUGCAACAACCAGCGCAACAUCGUCAUCAGCAAGAGCAUAAUCUGCAAGAUGAACGUCAUCAAGCACGGCGAAUUCCGCAGCAAUGGCAUCAGCCAGAGCAGAAUCUUCAAGAAGAGCGCCUUCACAACCAAGCUCAAGCACGACAAGCUCCUCCAGAAGCUCAGCGUCCACCAACACAACGACCACAGAACGUUGUCUUCAAUCCGGAAGUCGACAUUGGAUUCAUCUCACAUAAUUUGAGAAGAAUCGGAGAGGAACAUCCGGAACGACAGCAGUUAAUUAUAAAUGUGAUGCGAGCUUAUUUGGAAGUUUUCAACUCGAAUUUACCGGCUAACACCACACCAGAGGACGUCUAUGAAUACUUGACUAGGGAGUACCCAAAUGAAACUGGUGAACAACUUUAA